AUUGAAUUGGGGGUUGAUCUAAGGGCUGGGGUUAAAGUAGGGGUAGUUAGGGGGGGAAAAAUGGUAACCGGUUGGUUUUUUGUAUUUUAAAUUAAUUAAUUUUUAAAAAAACUGACACCGAUUGACGUUUGAUGUACGUGACAGUUACCAAUUUUUGAAAAUACAUUAGUCUUUCCUUCUUCUUCUUCGUGGGUAUAAAGAGUUAGGUUUAUUUUAGGGCAGUUGUUAUUUUCUUUUUCUUCUUCAAAUUUUCUUCUUCUUCUUCUCAUUUUCUUCUUGUUCUUCGAAUUUUCUUCUUCUUCUUCCCAUUUUUUUUUUGUUCUUCACAUUUUCUUUGGGAGAGGAAACUGUAGUACUUUCAGAGUUGGUGCACUUGGUUUUGUUUGUCUCUGGCUCCUUCUCCGAACGAGGUGGGUUUGUACAAGCCUUAAAUCUGCUUAUUCAAGAAGUUUUGAUUCACGGGUUGCAGAAAAUUGAAGGUUCAUCAUACAUGGCUGGGAAACGCAAAAGGAAAGGGGGAAAUGAACCCGUAAAGAAGGAUGUCACCCCCGAGCCGAACGAUAAUGCGGUUGGUUGGAGAAAUUUCUUCAAUGCGAACUACAAAGCCCUUCGAGCAGCUGAGAAGGGAUUAACUGAGAAAGAGGCUACCGACAAAUUAAAAGUGCAAUAUAAAGGUUUCACCGACGAGGAGAAGUCUGAGUGGAGAAGCUAUGACCCUAACCCUAAUCCCGCUAAGAAGGCUGUGCAAACAAGGGGGAGGAAACCAAAGGCAGCUGAUGCCAAGGGGAAGAAAGUGGAGGUGGAUGAGGAAGAGGGUGCUCCUGAUAGUGAAGAAGCAUCUGUGUACGGUCGAUGCUCCUUCAACCGUUUAAUGAGGAUUUGCAAGAACCUGAACCUGGAGCAGAAAGAUGUGAUCCAAAAUGCUGGAUUUGGAUCAUUCAUCAGAGAGGAUGCACCAUACGUUGACACCCGACUAGUGAGUUGGUUAAUCAAACAUGUUGACCCAACCACUAGCAUACUGGAUUUGUAUGGGAGGAAAAUUCACUUAUCUGCCGCGAUGUUCGGAGAUGUUAUGGGGGUGGACGACGGAGGGGAUCCUGUAGUCACCGAGGGUGAUAGUGACACUCGAUAUCUGGAGGAGAUAUUGAACGUUGUCGAGUACACCGUGUCCUUGACAAUGUUGGAGAAAUCUUUGUUGGAGUGCGUUGAGGCAGACAGCCUAUUUCUCAUUAAAUUUUCUUUGGUGGUCAUAGGGACAGUCCUUGCGCCGAAAACGGGGGUCGAUAUCACUUCGGGGUACUUGCACUCCCUUAGGGUUACCAGGGACAUUCGCCACAAGAACUGGGCGACUGCGGGGUUCAGGUAUCUGAUGAACUCAAUUUUCAGAUUCCGAAAUAAGGCGACGAAGAAUGUAUCUGGCUGCACCUUAUUCCUCCAGUUGGUGUACUUGACUCACGUGGAGUGGAACUUUGGAUAUGUCGACCGAACAGUGCUCCCCGUUGAUUUUUGGGGUAGUAAACAAUGUAAGUCCGCUUACAAAUUUGUGAAAGACAAUGGGGGUCCCAACAGCGACAAGAUAACGCUCACUUCGAAUCCCGUAAUACUGCCCAACUACUACUCGGACUCGGAAGGAAGAAAGAGCAGUGACCACUUUGUCAGCUCUAUCAACGAGUUGAAGGAGUACAUCUCGAAUGAGUUAAAGUCUCAGUUGAGAUCAUUUUCUUUGAAAUUUAUGGACAAAGGAGAAGGUGUAGGUGGUAUUGACCGAGAGUUGGAGGAGGAUGCUGCUGCGGAAACGGGGAAGAAGGCGGAGUGCAGCCAGGCCGUGGAGGAGUCCCCGUUGAAGUCCCCUGUCCGUUCGAAGACUAAUGUUGUUGGUCUAUCCGACGAAAAUGUGGUGGAUUCUGUAAGUACGCCUUCACUAUCUGUUACAAAAUCUGUUGAAGAUGAAGGUGCUGCACAUAAGACCUUCGACGAUGAGGACUUUGAUAUACUCGAAGUGGCAUCUUUCUGGAAUAAAGGCAAAGCCCCCGUCAAAUCAAAGAAGUCACAGUCGGAGAAUGUGCCUUUAAUUGAGGAUGACUUCAACGAUAAGGCGUACGAGCAAUUCAUUGAGUCGGGCAGAACUGUUGUCGGGCCAUUCAAGACGAAGGAAGCGAUCCCCCGUAACCAAUAUGGGUUUUACAAGUUUAUUUUUAGCAACACGUUAGAUCCGGGAUAUGUGCUUGCGAAAUUUCGAAAGUUUGAAGUGGAUAGGAGGUGCAUGGCAUCGUUGCGACCGUUGCGAGAAGUUGAGGGAUCCAUCAUUGACUGUUUUUCUAUACUAAUGAACAAGUACGAACGUGAUAGUCGAUUACCUGACCAACCUCGUGUUUGGUACAUGCCCACUCGCAUCUCGCAAAAAACUCUCGGUUCGUUUAAUGUGAAGAGGAUUGCGAAAGACCGGGAGUGGUCAAAACUGUUUUACGAAGACAACUUCGAAAAAUGCGUCAAGAUGUUUGUGCCGGUGUUGACUCUAGAAGGUGCACCACAUUGGUUUGGUGCCGAAGUAAAUAUGAAGUCGAAGGUUGUCUCAUUUAUGGACUCCCUACACACCGCAAUGAAUGAGAAGUAUCGUGUGGAGGCUACGAAAGAAAUGUUGUCGACGUUGGACCUUUUGUUUGAGGAGAAUAGGUCGAAGAAUGUGACUUUCGUGGAUUUCAGAAUUGACAGGAAAGAUCGCGGGCUUCCUCAACAAGACAAUGACCGAGAUUGCGGAGUAUACGUCAUGAAGUACAUGGACGCUGUGGCCAAUGAGGAAGAAGUAGUUGAUGAGUUUCACCCGGUUGAGGCACGUUUGGAAAUCGCUGCGAGGAUCAUAACUGAUGAACAAAAUGAAAUUCGUACCAAAGUGGUUGAAGAUCGUAGGGCUGCACAAGGCAGCUCAUUUGCAUCGUCCUCGGCCCCUUUGCGUAGUCCGUCAAAGUCUCCACGCGAUCCUCGGUUCAGUACAGCGAAGUCUCGCAAUGCAAACAUGUUUCCCCCGUCAAGAGCCUCCCCUAGGCUUCAGUCUACCAAGACUAAGAUUUCAUAUGGUGAAUAGUGUGUGAAAAACACUUGUGUUAUUAAUAGGUUGUGUUAUUAAUAGGUCGUGUGAUUAGUGUGUUGUGUAGUUUGGAUUUGGGAGCAUAGGUUGUGUUAUUUGUGUGUUGUUUAGUUUGGAUUUCGGAGCAUUUGGAUUUAGACAUCUGUUUUUAUUAGUUCACGUUUGGAACUGGUUAUUAUG